AUGUAUUUCAUAGCAAUAGAAAUGGUACAAAAUCCUAAAAAAGAGACGGAAGACCAUAUAGAAACACUUUAUAAUAUUAAUAUAGUAUCUAAUGUCCCCGACGAGGCACAAAUUGAAGAACAUCAAAAGAAAAGUCCAAUUCAUUUUGUCGACGAAAAAUAUACCUUCCCCGACCCGCCACAAAAUUUUCUGUGUUGUGACGGUGGCAUAGAGAAAGUGGUGAUAGACUCCAACGGACACAAAGAAGUGUUGUUGGACCACAUCAACCGAGUCGUUUUGGAUACCACCAAACAAAGUGUUGAUAUCAAAUAUCCUCUUCUAGAGUCUGAGACGUUGCCGAGUGGGUGUGUGUUUGGGGUAUAUCGAGGUAAACGAUAUAUAGUGGACUAUAUCAACAAGAAAGCGGUGUGGGACUUAGAAGAGGAGAGCUUGGAAGUCACACAAGCAGCUCUAAGUGGUUGCGCGAGUCCAAUUUUAACAGUCGAAGUUGUUGAGUCUGUUGGAUUGUGUGUAAAAGAUUUUGAAACGCCAUCGACUGUCUUUUGCGCAGUUAUUAAUGAAAGUGGAAAAUUGGUGAAAUCAAAAGAAGUCAGAAGCGUCGACCAAGUCUACGAGAAUGCUCGUUUUGUUAUUCCAUUAAACCCAAAUAGAAAGAAUGUUGUUGUUUAUUUUUAUCAUAAAAGAUUUUUAAUCAGUGACGUGUUUCUUGGAUGCGUGGAGUUUGAUUUGACACAUCUGAAGUUUGGGAGGAAUAUAGAGACGUGGUUCUAUUUGAAAGGUGGAAAUGAUGGAAAUACAAUUGUUUCGGGUAAGGCACUUAUUCGAGUGUGUUAUGAUGAAAGAGAGAAAAAAGAUGGAUGGAAUGUGGUCGGCGAAUUAUUUAGAGAAAAUUUUGAUUAUUCACUUCCUUAUAAUAGAGAAAUGGAAAAAGCUAUGGAGGCACAAAACACUUUAAGACAAAAACUAUUUGCGCCACCAAUUUAUGAAAAAAGAGGGGAUGAGUAUUUCCCUGUGAAUUACGACUACUAA